CCGCCCGCGCAGCCCCACGCCUCGGGGCCGCCGCCGCUGCACAGCCCCAGGCCCCGGGCCCAGCAGCCGCCGCACCGGGGGUGCACAAUGCGCGUGGCCGCCCCAGCACGUUGCCCCAGGCAACCCCAGGACGCCGCGAGCCACUGACCCGGUCCCCGGGGCCAGAGGAGCAAAGGGCGAGCUAUUGGAGGCCAGCAUGGAGCCAGAGAGGAAGGGGCUCUCGUUGGCUUCUUCUUCGGAUGCAGACGGGAGAGAAGAAAAUAAAUUAAAACAAGGAAUUUCCCAAGACUUGGCUUCUUCCUCCGGAUUAGACAGAUACAAAAUAGCAAGGCAGUUAACAGAAAAAGCAAUCAAGGAGAAGAAGAUUUUCUCUAUCUACGGACACUACCCGGUGGUCCGGGCCGCUCUGCGAAGGAAGGGCUGGGUAGAGAAGAAAUUCCACUUUUUGCCCAAGGUCAUUCCAGAUAUCAAGGACGAAGGCGCUGGGGUCAAUGAUGAUACAUGUGCCGAAGUCAAAGAAAAUCAAGAAAUGGCUUUGGAGAAAACAGACGACAUCCACGAUGUGAUGUCUAGGUUGGUAAAAAACGAGAUGCCGUACCUCCUCUGGACCAUCAAGAGGAACGUCAUUGACUAUCACAGCCUGACCUACGACCAGAUGCUGAACCACUACGCAAAGACAGCCUCCUUCACCACCAAGAUCGGGCUGUGCGUGAACAUGCGGAGCCUGCCCUGGUACGUCCCGGCCAACCCCGACUCCUUCUUCCCACGCUGCUACAGCCUCUGCACCGAGAGCGAGCAGCACGAGUUCCUGGAAGACUUCCGGCGUACCAUGGCAUCCGGCAUCCUCAAGUGGGUGGUCAGUCACCAGAGCUGCAGCAGGAGCGGCAGGAGCACGCCCGGGGGCCGGAGGGAGGAGGCCGGGAGCAGCGACCCGAGCAGCAGGCAAGAUGCCAAAAAUGCUGAGGCAAAGCUCAGGGGCCUCCCGGGGCAGCUUGUGGACAUCGCGUGCAAGGUAUGCCAGGCCUACCUGGGGCAGCUGGAGCAUGAGGACAUCGACACGUCAGCAGAUGCCGCGGAGGACCUCACCGAGGCCGAGUGGGAGGACCUGACUCAGCAGUACUACUCCCUCGUUCAUGGCGAUGCUUUCAUCUCCAAUUCAAGAAAUUACUUUUCGCAGUGCCAGGCUCUGCUGAAUAGAAUCACGUCCGUGAACCCUCAGAUGGACAUCGACGGCCUCCGGAACAUCUGGAUUAUGAAGCCCGCGGCCAAGUCCCGGGGCCGAGACAUAGUGUGCAUGGAGCGUGUGGAGGAGAUCCUGGAACUGGCAGCUGCAGACCACCCUCUUUCCAGGGACAAUAAGUGGGUGGUCCAGAAAUACAUUGAGACGCCACUGCUCAUCUAUGACACCAAGUUCGACAUCAGACAGUGGUUCCUCGUCACGGACUGGAACCCCCUGACCAUCUGGUUCUACAAGGAGAGUUAUUUGCGGUUCUCAUCACAGCGCUUCUCCCUGGACAAGCUGGACAGCGCCAUCCACCUGUGCAACAACGCCGUCCAGAAGCACCUGAAGAAUGAUGUGGGCCGCAGCCCCCUGCUGCCCGCACACAACAUGUGGACCAGCGCCAGGUUCCAGGAGUACCUGCAGCGCCAGGGCCACGGCGCCAUGUGGGGCAGCGUCAUCUACCCGUCCAUGAAGAAGGCCAUCGCCCACGCCAUGAAGGUGGCCCAGGACCACGUGGAGCCUCGCAAGAACAGCUUUGAGCUCUACGGGGCUGACUUCAUCCUCGGGAGGGACUUCAGGCCCUGGCUGAUCGAGAUCAAUUCCAGCCCCACCAUGCACCCGUCCACACCCGUCACGGCCCAGCUGUGUGCACAGGUGCAGGAGGACACCAUCAAGGUGGCCGUGGAUCGCAGCUGUGACAUCGGCAACUUCGAGCUCCUGUGGAGGCAGCCUGUGGUUGAGCUGCCCCCAUUCAGCGGGUCCGACCUCUGCGUGGCGGGCGUCAGUGUGAGGAGAGCCAGGAGGCAGGUGCUGCCCAUCUGCAACCUCAAGGCCUCGGCCUCGCUGUUGGACGCGCAGCUGCUGAAGGCACGGGGCCCCUCGGCCAUGCCAGACCCUGCCCAGGGACCCCCACCACCAGCUCUCCAGCAGGACUUGGGACUGAAGGAAGAGAAGGGGCUCCCCCUGGCCUUGGUGGCACCCUUAAGGGGGCCGGCCGAGAGUGGUGGAGCCGCGCAGCGCCCCCGCACCAAAGCUGCUGGGAAGAUGGAGCUCCAGGCCUGCCCCUGUCGCCACGUGGACAGUCAGGCUCCAAACACCGGUGUCCUCGUGGCCCAGCCCGCCAAACGCUGGGCUCCAAACCAGCUAAAUGCGCACCCGCUGGCGCCCGUGCUGCAGAGCUUGAAGACAGCAGAGGGCGCGCUGCGUCCGCUGCCCGGAGGAAAAGUGCUAAGAGCGGGCAGGAGUCUCAACUGUGACAGAGGAUGCUGGGUUUUCAUCAACGCACAUCGUCAGAUGGAGGAGUGCAUGUCAGAUGGAGGAGUACACGUCAGAUGGAGGAGUACACAUCAGAUGGAGGAGUACACAUUGUCAGAUGGAGGAGUACACAUUGUCAGAUGGAGGAGUACACAUUGUCAGAUGGAGGAGUGCACAUUGUCAGAUAGAGGAGUGCAUGUAGUCAGAUGGAGGAGUGCAUGUCGUCAGAUGGAGGAGUGCAUGUCAUCAGAUGGAGGAGUGCACGUCAGAUGGAGGAGUGCAUGUCGUCAGAUGGAGGAGUGCAUGUAGUCAGAUGGAGGAGUGCACGUCAGAUGGAGGAGCGCACGUCAGAUGGAGGAGUGCACAUCGUCAGAUGGAGGAGUGCACGUCGGAGGAGUGCAUGUCAGAUGGAGGAGUACACAUCAUCAGAUGGAGGAGUGCACGUCAGAUGGAGGAGUGCACGUCAGAUGGAGGAGUGCACGUUAGACGGAGGAGUGCACGUCGGAGGAGUGCACGUCAGAUGGAGGAGUACACAUCAUCAGAUGGAGGAGUGCACGUCAGAUGGAGGAGUGCACAUCAGAUGGAGGAGUGCACGUUAGAUGGAGGAGUGCACGUCGUCAGAUGGAGGAGUGCAUGUCAGAUGGAGGAGUGCACGUCGUCAGAUGGAGGAGUGCACGUCGUCAGAUGGAGGAGUGCACGUCAGAUGGAGGAGUGCACGUUAGAUGGAGGAGUGCACGUCGUCAGAUGGAGGAGUGCACGUCAGAUGGAGGAGUGCACGUCAGAUGGAGGAGUGCAUGUCGUCAGAUGGAGGAGUGCACAUCGUCAGAUGGAGGAGUGCAUGUCAGAUGGAGGAGUACACAUUGUCAGAUGGAGGAAUGCACAUCAGACAGAGGAGUGCACGUCAGAUGGAGGAGAGCAUGUCAGAUGGAGGAGUACAUGUCAGAUGGAGGAUUGUGAGUCAUUAGAUGAUUGUCAGUUGCUUUAGGUCAUCAAUUUUUGUAAAUGUUUCUUGGUGCAAAUAAUGUGCAAUUCUGAAAUUGUUCAGUAUCAUGAGUUGGGCCAGAUUUGUUUAUUGUGUUGUUGAGAUAUUUCAUUUUCUUAGUCUGCUUAUCAGUUACUAAGCAAAGUAUGAUAAGAUGCAUGUAAUUCUGUCAGUUCUUGCUUUAGAGUUUUCAGAUUGUUACUAAUUUUAUUUUGGUGAGGAUUUUCCUGGUAUGUUUUUUCUUUCAUCAUUAUAUAAGCUUAUGUUUUACAUAUUUCUCUGCAUAA